GCUGCGUGAUUUCUGAAGAGGAUCGACGCUAUAAAAUCCCACUCCAGGCUCUGGUGUGGAGAAACUCAGAGCCCAAGUCCGUUGAGAGACUGAAGAGAAAGAGAAGAGGGAAGAAAAAACCCACAGUGGAAACAGAAAGGAGAAAGAAAGAAAACCCCUGAAAAAGCCUGGAGACAUUAAUCUGCAGCAGCGCCCCGGAAGUGCUUCUAACAUGAGACUGCCGCUGCUCGUGUCCGCGGGCGUCCUGCUCAUGGCUCUCCUGCCCUGCCCGCCAUGCAGGGCCCUCCUCAUCCGGGGGCCUGUCCCAGGCGCCCGACAGGCCCCACAACUUCCCCAACCCCUAGAUUUCUUCCAGCCGCCGCGGCGGCGGCAGGUCCUUCCAGUUCAGCCGGUCCCACUCACCACGGGGGAAGAAUACUUCUUCCGCCAAGGUAACCUCAACGAGAGCCCCGCUGCUCCCCUCUGGUCAGCCUCCUCGCCCCUCGCCCGCCGCAGCAGCAGCCACCUUUCUCCUCACAAGGUAGCCGCCAACUUUUUCCGCGCAUUGAGGCAGCUGCGAUCGCUUCCCCAGCGCCCUCUCAAUAGCCCUGCGAGUCCCGCUGAGCGUGGUGCCGAGAGCGCCCUCAGCGGUCGCCAGGAGUCCCUGGAAAGGGAGAGGCGAUCCAGGGAAACUACCACCUCGCUGGAUCUCACCUUCCACAUCCUCAGAGAAGUCUUGAAAAUGGCCAACGCGGAGAAGUUAGCACAGCAAGCUGAAAGCAACAGGAAACUGAUGGAGAUUGUUGGGAAAUGAAACGGUGCGUUUGGCCAAAGCGAUUCUGCAUUUAGCGCAAAAAUAAAAAAUACAAAGUAUUCUGUACCAUAGCGUGGCUCUGAUACCAUUUGUUUAUUUUUAUAUAGCUUGAAACGUAGAGGAUAUAUAACAAGAGCACCUGUUCUCUUUAAUUAGAAUGCACAAAGUGUAUUCAUGUGCAGUAAUAGCAACAAAAUAGUAUUUGUAUUGUCUACUUUUAGUUUCCAUUUCCAGGUGUCUUUAAUGGUGAUUAAAAGAGUAUAGACCCAGGAGGAAAUGUUUUGAAGAAGCAGACAGAAAUAACCCAACUGAUUUUGCUGUGGUCUGAACCAAAGAGAAUGUCAUUCUCUUUGGUGGGUGAGAGAAAUCAUGUAAGCUCUUUGAAUCAACUUUUCCUUGUAAUUGUUUCAGUAAUAAAACAUUCUUACAA